UGAAUGUCAUUGAAUCAGUAUCUGUAAUUUCCUCUUGAGACGAAUUCUUACAGUGAGUGAUAAUUAUCUUGAUAAAUGCAGAGAAUGAUACCAAAAACGAUAAGCUAUCAACUUUCUAGUGAUCUGUCUUACUCUUUAUUUCUUUUCCUUUAGUUCUCUUUUCUUGGUAGAAUAUCGGUGCAUGUGUAUUAACUCAUCAGUCUGUUGAUUUGCAUGACUAUGCAGAAAUGGGGAUACAUAUGCUGGAGAGUAUUUUGCGGAUAAGAUGCAUGGUUUUGGAGUAUACCGCUUUGGAAAUGGACAUUGCUAUGAAGGAGCCUGGCAUGAGGGAAAGAGGCAAGGAUUUGGCAUUUACACUUUCAGAAAUGGGGAAACUCAGUCAGGUCACUGGCAGAAUGGGAUUCUUAAUGUUUCAACUAGUCUUGGCACCCUUCCGGGAUCUCCUUCUGCAGUUGACCAUUCUAAAGUGCUUCAUGCAGUCCAGGAAGCAAGACAAGCUGCUGAGAAAGCCAUUAAUGUGACAAAGGUGGACGAUAGAGCAAAACGAGCUGUUGCUGCUGCCAACAGGUCCGCCACUGCAGCAAGAGUAGCAGCUGUGAAAGCCGUCCAAAACCAAAUCCAUCAGAACGGAGACAGUUGCCAUUCACCAUUAUCAGUUGUGUAAACCCCUCGGUUAUCAGAGGCUAUGGUUUUGCACUCCCUCAUCGGUCUUGUUUUUAGAUACAGAGACUGAGACUACUGGGACCUACUUGGAACCACAACAGACAACGAGCUGAUUGAGGAGCAAGUUUAUUGCGUCCCUUUUCAUUAGGCUUUACUAAUAUGCAUAUAUAAUGCACCCUCGUAUAGGAGUGCAAAAACAAAAUGCAGAUGUAAGUAGGUGUUUCUAUCUUUUCUUUUUGUUGUUGCUCUCUCCAGUAAGUGUAGAUAGUUUUUGCUGUGUUUUGUGUUUUGCCAUAAGAGAAUGGCCAAGUUACUGCAUGUUUACCAAGCUAGUAUCCCAAAGAGGGAUCACCUUUGUUAUGUUGUAUAAAGUAAUAGUAACUAAAGAUAUGCUGUAUUAACAGAUGACUUUAUAAAUGUCA